GACCAUACAUGAACAGAUUAAUGUUUCAGAACUCCUAUGCACAACCUUGAUUUUCCUUCUCUCUUAGCUUAAUUUCUACUGUCCGGCCACUUUGCUUUUUAUUGGCGUCAAUUCGAUUAAUAUUUCGCUCGCUAAAUAUUUUUCUUGAUUUGCAAAAGGAAGAAUUCCCAUGGAAGAGAUUAUGUCGUCGUGUUCAUCAUCCACUCUGAUGUCAGCAGCUUGCCAAGAGAGUAUACCACCCACAAUUCAAAACCGGCUCCAAUUCAUUGUGAGAAGCCGGCCUGAAUGGUGGGUAUACUCCAUAUUUUGGCAAGCUUAUAAAGACAACAGUGGGCGAGUGACUUUAUCAUGGUGCGAUGGGCAUUUCAGGGGCAACAACAAAGACAAAUCAGCAGCAGGGCAUGCAACGAUGAACAGAGCAGUGAACGAGCAGCAGAGCAAAUUUGGGGGUGUGGAUUUGGAGAGGAAGCAGAGAGUGAUGUUCAGCGGAGAAUUAGUUGAAUCUCUUUUCGAAGAGAACGUGGAUGUUGAGAGAUUGGAAGACAGUGGCGGCGGCGACCACGUCACCGACUCCGAAUGGUUCUACACCGUCUCCGUAACGCAGUCAUUCGGCGUGGGCUCUGGGAUUCUUGGGCGGGCUUUUAGCUCUCGAGCGUUUGUCUGGUUGGCGGGAGCCCAUCAGCUUCAACUCUACGAUUGCGACAGAGUUAAAGAAGCUCGCAUGCAUGGGAUUCAAACUCUGGUUUGCAUAGCCACUCCAUGUGGGGUAAUCGAAUUGGGGUCUUGUUUCACCAUCAAAGAAGACUGGAGUUUGAUUCAACUCACCAAAUCUCUGUUUGGUAAUUCCGACAUUAAUGCUGCAAACCCACCAAAACGUGUUGGUCUGGACCUUCAUACCAAUAGUCUUAAUCUUGCUCCAUUCCUUGAAAUUGGGACCGGGAGGGAUCAUUCCGGAGUCAUUGACCAGAAGGAGCCCACCAUCAUGCUCCAUCAUCAUCGUCAUGCCCAUAACCUGCUUGAAAACGGAAUUACAAAGAAAGAAGCAGCCUCCGCGGGAGUUAUUAAUAUUAAUCCUGCUGCUGCCGUUGGAGGUGGUGGUGGUGGUUCCUCAUCGGACUCAGGACCUUCUGAUUCCGAUGGGAAUUUCGCAUCUCCGACCCGCGCCGCGGCGGACAAUGACAACAACCGGCUUAAGAAGAGGGGGAGAAAACCGGUAGCGUGCGGCAGGGAAUCGCCAAUCAACCAUGUGGAAGCGGAGAGGCAGCGUCGUGAGAAGCUCAACAACCGAUUCUACGCUCUGCGCUCAGUGGUUCCGAAUGUGUCCAAAAUGGACAAAGCUUCAUUGCUAAACGAUGCGGUGAUUUACAUAAAAGAGCUCAAGGACAAGAUCAAGCAGUUGGAAACAAAACUUGAACAACAAGCUGCUCCUGCUGCAGCAGUAGCAUCAUCCCAAAUCCAAAUCCAAAUGGGUAGUGGUACCAGUGGAGUUGUUGAUAACAGAUCAUCCUUGUGGCUGCCACCGCCCUUCUCGAGCAGCAGCUGCAGGUCGUCUUCGGAAACCAAUUCGUUAAUGGAGGUGGACGUGAGGAUCGUAGGGUCGGAAGCCAUGAUCAGAGUUCAGUGCCCUGACGUCAAUUAUCCAUCUGCUAGAUUGAUGAACGCUCUCAGAGACCUCGAAUUCCAAAUCUACCACGUUAGCAUUUCAAGCGUCAAGGACUUGAUGCUCCAUGAUGUCGUCGUAAGAGUUCCUAUGGGAUUCACUUGUGAGGAAGCCAUGAGAAAUGCCAUUCUCCGACUUCUUCACAAUUAAAUAUAAUCAUCAUCACCUUCGUGUUAUAUAUAUAUAUAUACAUAUAUAUAUAUAUAUAUA